AUGAUUUCCGCCGCUCUCUCAUUGACCUGUCUGGCUCUGCUACAAGGCUGUGUGCCAUCGUUGACCAGGGCAGAAACUGUACUGACCGUCAAUUCGAAUAUCAACGGCAAUGCAACGAGUCCAGUCAUGUAUGGUCUUCUCUAUGAGGAUGUUUACCACUCUGGUGACGGAGGUUUGUACUCCGAAGUGAUCCAGAACCGCGCGUUCCAGGGAACAUCUGUAAACAAUAACCAAGGCCCGUAUCAAACGCUACAGUACUGGCAUACUCGUGGAGCCGACACCCUGACUCUUGACAAUGAUGCACCGCUACUGACGACUGCCCUCCCAUGGCACAUGAGAGUUGACGUAGCAAAAGGAGCGACGGGAGCGACUGGUUUCUGGAACGAAGGCUACUGGGGUAUGAAUAUCACGACCAAAACACGCUAUGCAGCCAACUUUUAUCUGCGCGGUACUUAUCAGGGCGAGAUUCUCGCGGCAUUUUGGAGCAACACCACAAACUCUAUGCUGGGAAGCACGACAUUCCAUGUCAACCAGAAGGACUCGGACGGCUGGGUGCCCUAUGCACAAACAUUCACCACUACAUCCUCGGCACCGGAUGAAAAGAACACCUUUCACUUGACAUUUGACGGUGGUAGUGUAGCUGGCAGGAGUCUUCGCUUCCAAAUGAUUAGCGUGUUUCAGCAAACGUUCAAGAACUCGCACAAUGGCUUGCGAAUGGAUCUGGCCGAAGCUUUGGUUGAGCUAGGAGGCAAGUUUCUGCGUCUGCCUGGUGGAAAUAACUUGGAAGGAAUUGCAUCUCCCUACAGAUGGAAGUGGAAUGAGACGAUUGGCCCCAUCAUCAACCGUCCAGGUCGACCUGGCACAUGGGGCUAUGUGACUACGGAUGGUCUUGGCCUACUCGAGAUGAUGCAGUGGUGCAUUGAUAUGAAUCUCGAGCCAAUUCUAGCAGUCUGGGGCGGCCUGUAUCUGGAUGGCGAGGUCAUUAGUGAAAGCGACCUAGAGCCUUACAUUGACGACGUCAUGAACGAACUCGAAUUUCUACUAGGACCCUCUACAUCGACUUGGGGCAAGGUGAGGGCGUCCCUGGGGUACCAGGAUCCGUUCAAGAUCAAAUAUGUCGAAAUAAGCAACGAGGACUUCUUGAAUGGUGGAAUACCCAGCUACAUCGGCUAUCGGUUUCGCCGAUUCGCGGAUGCCAUCAAACGACAGUACCCAGAUAUGAAGAUCAUCUCAUCCAUCUGGGCAGGAUACUUUAACGGCGCGUUUCCUGACAACACUAUCCAAGAUCUUCAUGACUACCUGUCAGUAAGUGACAUGGUCAGCAAAUUCGACGGCUAUGACCAUGCCCCUCGUAACCAACCGGUCUUGGUGGGCGAGUACGCCGCCAUCUACGACGACCAACACACCAAUGGAAACCAACUGGAUAAUCCUACCCUCCAAUCAGCGACAUCUGAGGCUGUUUACUUCCUAGGGUUGGAGAGGAAUGCAGAUGUGAUUGUAGGUAUCUGUCACGGCGCAUUGAUCAAGAGCCUCCAUGACGAACCAGACAAUGUCGCCAUGAUCAAGCACUCGCCCAACGCGCUCACACGUUCCAUGAGCUACUACGUUGCCAAGUUAUUUGGCACAAACUUUGGCACAGAGACUGUAUCAGUGUCAGGAAAUGUUGGAUUCGGUCCGUUGUACUGGGCCGCCACCAAGAAUGCAGACGGUAAACACUUUAUCAAGAUUGUCAACUAUGGCGGUGCUGCUUCGACGCCCAUCACCGUUGUAGUUCCGGGUAAAACAAACACGGCUAUCCUCAAGACACUUACUGCAAAGGACAAGUAUAGUACCAAUCUGCCUGGGGAUAUGCAAAGCAUCUGGACAGAGACAAAUGUGCAGCCAAGUGGUGCGUCUCGAUACUCAUUUACGCUGAGUGGUUCGUAUAUUAGUGCAGUUCUUGUCGUAUAG